AUGAAUAUUUUUUUGUGCAUAUUGGAGUUAAAACCCAUGUAUUUGGAAAUUAUAUACAUUCAGGACAAAAAUACAUUCGAUUAAGUUUAGGACUAAUUUAUAAUAAUUUAAUUAAUUACCAUUCAAAACAUUAACUAUCAUAUUGAAAAUAUCCAUAAGAACAUACUACAUUUGGUUCUUCUUAAUCAUAACCUUGCUUUUUAGAAAGUGGUAUCAAUUCUUCAGAAGUAGUUGAUAUCUUAUAGCUAAAACAUGAAGAAGAAUUAGUAUCCAAAAAACCAGAUUUGCAAACACAAAAAUUAUCAUUUGUUAGUUAUCUAUUAGAAGUAGUAGAACAAGUAAGACACUAAUUUUUAUUUGGUCCAAAACAAGUUGAACAUGUAAAAUAACAUUUAGGAGUAUAUGAUGUUAAACAAGUGUAAAAAAAAGGUAAAUUAAAUUAUCCAUUAUUAUUACUUUAAUUAAAUUAGGUUCCACCCAAAUGUAUUACUAAAUUUAAAUCAGAAAAUUAGUUAAUGCUUGUUAAAGUUUUUAUAAAUUAAUAAUUUUGUUGUACAAAAUUUAUAUUUAUAUAAAUUGAAUUACUCCUAAAAGAAUAUGAAAAGUAAUGCCAAUUAUAUAAUGAAUACUAUAUUGGUACUUCAUAAGUUACAGUCUUUUCUAAUGGAUCUGCAUUAUUUACAAGAGUAGGAAUGACUGGAAAUGUAAAUGUAGUGUAAAUUAUUUCAACUAUUUAUUUAGUAGAAGUGAUUGA